UUAGAGGGUAGCGAGAAAAGCAACUCGGAAGAAGUUGAAAACAGAUUGUUUGAAAUAACUUUUCUUGUGGUUCUUUAUUUGAACAGUCCAAUCGCCCAGGGCAAGCUAAGAGAGUGAGUGGUCACACUGUAUUACAUACAUGUACCUGAUUAACAUAGAGUCUGUCAUCAGUCAACAUGGACAUCACGAAUGCUACUCUUACUACUACUUCAAGCCAUGCCAGCCAAGACUUCUUGGACGAGGCCACAGCUAAAUACCUACCAGUGGUUUUUGCAAGUUUUAUUGUCAGCUGUUUUAUGGUGUUUGUUAUGAGUCCAUUUCUGUCAGCGAAGUAUGUACCAGCGUAUAAUAAACUGUCACCAUAUGAACAGGGCGACUGGAACACAAGAAUGGUAUCCAUGUUCCACGCUUCCAUAGUUAGUAUAAUCAGUGUGUACAAUUUAAUCAACGAUAACAAGAUUUCUGAAGAUACUUUAUGGGGUACCAGUGACUUGUCAAGAAUCAAUGUGUGUAUUAUUUCUGGUUACAUGAUGGCAGAUCUGAUAGCCAUGAUCAUGUGGUUUCCUCUGAGAGAAUCCUGGAUCUACUUCCUUCACCAUAUUGCUGUUCUUUAUCCAUUCUUAAACAAUGUGGUCUUUGGUGUGUUGACUUACUUUACUAAUAUUAGAAUUCUGGCGGAAUGUUCCACGGUCUUUGUCAACAAUAGGUGGCUAAUGAGCGUGUUGGGUCACAGAGACAGCAAAUGGUAUAUGAUCAAUGGAAUCACCAUGGUAUUUGUAUUCUUCUCGUGUCGCCUAGCAAUCCUUCUACCCUACUACACUGUCGCAUAUCAGACCAUCGGGAGAGCCGUCGCUGCCCUCCCAACUGUGCUUAUCGUGGCUUGGAUUCCUUGUGGAUUUAUAAUGGACAUUCUUAAUCUCUACUGGUUCCGCAAGAUGUUCAACGGAGCAAAAAAUAUGUUACUUGCUGAGCAGACAAAAGACAACAGCGAUGACAGUGUUCAGAAGCGCGUGACAAACCGAGUGAAAGGAGAAUAACUUCAAUCGUGAGAC